AUGUCAGACUUUGAGGAAGCUUUCCUGCAGUACAGUCAAGCCUAUAAAAGUAAUAUUGUCAUGGGUGACUUUAAUGCAGACUUGUGUUCGAAUAGCUUUGAUGCUAAUAAUCUUAAGUCAUUUUUUUUAAGUGUGAGUAUGGAUAUUGUUCCUUACUGCCCGACGCAUCACACUGCUACAAACAGUACAUGGCUUGACGUCUGCGCGCUUAAUGACCUCUCCAAAGUCUCGGGUUAUUCACAAUUACCUGUUGCCUUUUUAUCAAGUCAUGACCUGAUUAGUGUCAGUUUUCUGUCUAUUUCUGAUAAGAUUGAACCACGCGAAAUCAUAUAUAGAGACUUCAAGCUCCUUAACUCCCAAGCCUUUAAACUUGACAUUGAAGCCUGCGACUGGUCGCAGGUAUUCACUGCUACCUCGAUUGACACCAAAGUUGACCUACUAAAUACUUUCGUACUAGAGACAAUAAAUAAACAUGCUCCAGUUCGUAAAGCCCAGCUAAGGCGUCCUCCAGCUCCUUGGCUGGAUAACAAUAUUAAGACGCUCGUGAGAGAGCGGGACGCUCUCUACAAAGCAUUCCGGAGAACUAGAUCACUUGUCGUCAGAGAUUAA